AUGCUCGAGUUGCGGGAAUGCGCUCGUCACAUCGGAUUUCGACUCGAAGAUCAGUGCAGCAUCUUACGCAAGCAGCCACUGGAUGACGCCCAUAUUAAAGAGUAUACCUAUGGCGCUCCUGAGACUGGUAGAAGCAAUACUGGACCUGGUGACUGGCCGCAACUCAGGACUCACGUUGCUUCAUCUUCUCGCCAUGUGGCUCCUGGCAUCAGAGUACCAUCGACUCUCCGCCAUGUUCCUAUACGUGACCGACGCUCUGUGUCGAUGCAAAGCGGUGUGUCCUUUGACACUGUCGGAACACCAGAGACGGAUGCUCUCCAACCAGUCAAGAAGAAAGCCGCGAAACAAGCUGCGCCUCUACCAGGAUGGGAGGGUGAGAAUCCGAGAUGUCAGAUGUGUCCGAAGAAGAAGGCUUUCAAGGCUACUGUCUUCAACGGCGGCAUGUUCUGCAACAAGCAUACUCGCAAGAACAUGAAGGAGGAGCAGGCUUCAAAGGGUCACAUAGUACAAUGGACCGACGAUCACGAUGCGACGACGACAGAUCUCGCUAUGACUCUGGUCUAUCCCACUAUUCCACCACUCGCAUACACAGGUGAUGGCGAAGAUGACUGGGAGUUCUAUCAGGAGCAGGCACAUCAAAAUGCGGUUGUCAAAGGCUUCAUCGACGCAACAAAUACACGCUACACCGAGGCCAUGGGACCUGACGAGGCAGCCGACGAAAAAGAGCAGCACGUGCAUGAGAACUUUUUGAAGCAGCAAAGAGAUUACGAUCACAAACCAUACGAAGAAGCAUCAAUACGACUAUAUACAGAUCACUGGAUCAUCACACGCUUGCGUCUGCUCUUUCUCGUCAUAUUGACUUAUCACCGAGGCGGAACAUCCAUCUACCCUGUCGGAGGAGCGAAUAACGGAUACGGCGAGGACAGGACAUUGACGAUGACACAUCGUAUUCGCGAGAUUACAGACAUUCUUGCGCGUGAUAAGCGUGUCGUCAUGGAUGUGAUCGAGGGUAGAGGCGUGGCGGCGUUGGCGUCGAAUCCUGGCAAGUUUGAAGAGCGCAAGACUUCGAACUUUAAAUGUAAUGCGAAGAAGAAGAGAAAGCUUGAGGCCAGUGCCGGUCAAAGCAUAAGCGGCGAGCAUCAGCACGCGGACGGGGAGACGACAGGAAGCGCACCAUUUCUGGCUGACAACGAGGACGAAGUGAUGAGCAUGCCCGCGCUCGAGUCGUAUGCUACGAAGCGCAGGCCUGGACCGAAGAGGCGCAAAACACAGCAAACAGGACCGGAAUCUUCGAUGACCGAGCAGAGCGUCCACGAAGACGGCGUCAUUCUUCCAGUGUUCGACCCUCUCCCGAACAUCUUGCAUAGGACCUCUGCGCUGCCGGUCCCGUAUCCUGACACCAUAGCCCAAGUCAUGUAUAACAUGGGCUACAGUCCGGUACUGCCGCAUCUCACUCCAGAUACCCAGACGUCUCCAAGCACACGUCUGCAGCAGAAUCAAGACUCUGAUGCUCAGUACACACCUGCUGACGUUCGUACCGGUGAGACGUCGCUCGACCACGGCAAGGAGUGGCUUGACUUUGAUUCAUUUCUCCAGGACCCGGCCAAUCAGCAAACGUGGGGACUAAUGUCUUGA